GUUGAUUAAUCAGUUCAAAGCAUUGGUCCGAACAUUAAAGAAAUUAUUUUUAUUAUUUUUCUUUUGAAAAAUCUUCAUCUACAAUAAUGGGACCAAAGAAAGCAAAAGGAAAAUCUACUGAAUCAGUGGAUGGAGUAGAUACUUCGAAAAUGAGCAGAGAACAAUUAGAAGUAUAUUCUCAUAAAAUAUUAGAAGAAAUGGAACGUGAAAGAGAAGAAAGGAAUUUUUUUCAAUUAGAACGAGAUAAGUUAAGGACUUUUUGGGAAAUUACUAGAAAUCAAUUAGAUGAAGCUCGAGCUACAAUAAGGAAUAAAGAGCGAGAAAAAGAAGAAUUAGCAGAAAAACAUGAAGCGGAAUUAAAAUUAUACAAACAAAAAGUAAAACAUUUAAUGUAUGAACAUCAUACAAAUCUGUCAGAAUCUAAAGCUGAACAUAUGGUAGCGUUAAAAUUAGCGCAAGAUGAUCAUAAUGAGCAGCAAAAUGAAUUAAUUAGGGAUAAAAAAGACUUAAGAAAAGUACAUAAAGAACAAGAACUAUCUCACAUUAAUGAAAUUCGAGCUUUAAAAUUGAAAAAUGCAGAAGAAAUGAGUAACUUAAUUAAAAAGUUUGAAGCUGAGGCAAUGGAAAUGGAGCAAAAAUAUGAGCAAAAGUUAAUGAGUCAAUAUGAGUCUCUUAAUUUGAAGCAUCGGAUGGAAAUUGCAGAAGUUGAGGAAAGAAAAAACAUGCAAAUUGCAAAUUUAAUUAAAAACCAUGAAAAAGCAUUUAUGGAUAUUAAGACUUAUUACAAUGAAAUUACGACGAAUAAUUUAGCUCUUAUUGAAAGUUUGAAGGAACAAAUGGAGGUAAUGAAAAAUAAUGAAGAAAGAAUGAAAAAACAAGUAAAAGAAUUAACAGUAGAAAAUAAAAAAAUAGUCGGAGAAAUAAAAACUAUAGAAGAACAAGCUUCUGAAAUGAGUAGACAAUUGUCGAAUUACGAGAAAGAUAAGCUUUGUCUUGCAAACACAAAAAAGAGAUUGUCAGUCAUAUCAAAAGAUUAUGAGAAUCUCAAGUGGGAAAAUGAAGUUUUGGAAUUAAGGUUUGAGAAAUGUGAAGCUGAAAGAGAUGAACUGCACUCCAGAUUCACGUCUUCAAUAUUAGAACUUCAACAAAAGACUGGUUUAAAGAAUGUUUUGUUAGAGAAAAAACUAGAAAAGCUAUCGGAGUUAUUGGAACAGAAAGAAGCUCAAAUUGGAGAAGUUUUAACGGCUGCUCAACUAGAUCCUAGUGAAAUAAACAUUAGUCAGAAAUUUGAGGAUAUCUUAAAUCGGAAAAAUAUUGCAAUUCAAGAUCUUCAACAUGAUUUAGCAAAAGCUUGCAAAGCUCAUGAUGAUUUACUGGCAACUUAUGAAAAUAAAUUGCAAGAAUAUGGAAUUAGGGAAACAGGACUAGGUCAACCGCUUAAACUAUUACGUUUGAGGAAAAAAAGUAGUCUAACAGACAGAAUUUUAACAAAUUUAUAAGCUUUGGAUUUGAAUUAUCAUUUAUUUUACAUUUUAUAUUAAAU